GAAGGAGGAGGAUAGUGUUGCAGAAGAAAAUAUUCAUGAAAGCGAAAAAAGUUCAAUAUUUUGGUGUAUGUCACCAGGAGUAGAAGAACGAAAAAUCAGUUUUAUUGCCUCACAGGAGCGAUAAUUCUUUCCGAAAAUAGUUUUAAUAGUAUGUUGUUGGAGUGUUGAAAGAAUUUCCAUCGGUAGCUGGCCGACAGCGCCGAAUUGGAAAGUGGAAGUGCAACGUGAAAGUUUAUCCACAAGGGCACAGCGAAGUUUCCUUUACGUUGCGAAGAGAAGAGUGUGUUGCUGGACAAAACUUCGGCUUUCGUUAAUCGACGUGCCACUGCUCAUUUGUCACAGAAAUCAUACAUCUACCGUCCGACAGCGGUUUUAAUAGCUGCAGUUUCUCGCUGCACGAAUAUUACGCUGUCUAAUUGCGAUAGUUGGAAGCUAGACGCAGCAGAAAGUCAAGGAAAAGUGGGACAAUAUCAUUUUCACUAAGAUCGUACAUCGGCGUGUUAAGUUUAGAACGUACUCGGCAUCGUCCCAUCAGUGAUCCACAUCGGCAAACCUAGCUCAGGGCAAUGACGUCUGUCCAAAGCCAAGAGGAUCUGGAGGCGCGGAUCGCGCGCAUCAAGAAGCGUAACGAAGAAAUUGAGAAGAAACACCGCGAGGCUGAAGCAGAUCGCUUGAUGGCCAUGAAGGAAAACGCUAUGGUGGAAAUCAAACCUCCGAAAGACGAUGACUGGCCAAGGGAGCAUAAGUACGAUAAGAUCGAUUUCACCUACGAUUUGGACGCGAAUGCGUUGGCAGAACUCGAAGAAAAAAAGAAGGAAAAGAAUGCGUUCAUUCAAAAAAUUGCUAAGGAAUAUAAGGUAUUUGCUGAAGGCGAAGGGCCUCCUCCGGAUCCGGCGUAUAGUUUCCUUGCAGAUGUUGAGCGCGAUGGUGAAAAGUCAUUACCGACGAAUUUAAAUCCCAUCAGUAAAGGUUCCAACAAGAAUAAUUUUGAACGCAAAAAUCCAAACAACAGAAGCGGUCGUCUCGGAAAUGCUCCCACGUCCAGCAACAAUCGUGGCGGACGAGGAGGUGGGGGUGCUGGCAGCAAAUCGAACUAUAACGGCAAUCUUCAGAGGUCAUUGUCGACCAAUGAGCAUGAUGGGCGUCUGAGACCGGACCAUAAUCGUUAUGGGCAUAACAGGACAACCGGCGGAGGGCCUGCUGAAGGCAGAUGGCGCCGUGAUUGGGAUGUCGAUAGAAGCAAGGAUGAUUGCUGCAUUCAGAAUCAAAGUAACGGAUUUAAAGGAGAGCCAAAUUUAACCGUCUCGGUGUCGCAGGAUGGGGAAUUUAAAAGUGUAAAAGUUACAUCACCACCAAUAAUAGGAAGUGGUCGGGUUGGUCCACGCCAACCGGCGAAACCACAGUUCCAAUUUCAAACGACAGGAUUGCAAGCAAUGGAUCAUCAUAAUCAUCCUCACCAGGGCGGCAAACCAUCACACCACCGAGGAAAUAGUGAAAACUUCAACCGAAAUGUUCCAGGGCGUAAAUCCGAUAAAGAAGCGAAGCGGACUUCGAAGGCAGCUGGACAGCAACAAUCGGCAAGCAAUAAAGCAAGUUCCACGGCCGGAAGUGUUCAGGAUCGGUUGAAUCGCAAUCGGGCGGUUAAUAAUGAUCGGAACGAUAAUACUGUCAAAGCAUGUACUAAUGGGAGCAAUGCAAAUGAAAAUAGCUCCCAUUCAUUGGUGAAAACCAAUGUCACAUUAAAAGCGAUUUCAAAAAUAAUCGAGAAAAAUGCGGAAAUUGACGAAAAACUGGCCCGUCAGAUGCAUCAUGAAAAUGAGAAAAUGGCUAGUCGAAUGAAGGAGCUUCGUAUGCAAGAUGGAGCUUAAGCGGAUGAGUAUACGGGGUUAGUUGGCCCUGAUCUGAAGCUGCUUUUCUUAGGAAUUAAAAUCACAGAAAAGCAGCUAACAUGGGCAUGUUCGAUACAAGCAAACGAGAAUUCGCACUUGCUCCCGAAAUUAAAACACGCUAGCGCUGCUAUAUUACUAGAGAUAAUAUAUAUUUGGUUUUUAAUAUGGGAAAUUGUACUCAUAGUUGCGGCAGCUUUUGAACUACCCCGAUGGAUAUUGAGAGAUCACUCAAAUUAACCCAGUGCACGAAAUUUUUUCUAGGCAACGUAACUUUCAACUGUUGGCUCGCUAGCCAAUCAGGCAACAAUCAGUUUUAUUCGAUGGAUACUACCCUAUUUAUUAUUUAUAAUCGAUUUAUGUAGUUUUAGUCCAAAUGAAACAGAUUUUUGCAUAUUUAACUAUUUCAAAUUAUCACUGAGAUGUGCAUGUUAUAUUCAAACGUUUAUUUUACCUAAAAAUACGUUAUACGACCCGAAGCAUUUAGUGUCCUACCCUUUCAUCUGAUUAAGGCCAAGUUCGAAAUUCGUUUCUGAAAAUGUAUUUCAUUUUUCUUUUUUAUUAUUAUAACGAGAAAAAAACGAAUUCAUAAAUGUUGAAAAUAUAUAUCACAUAACA